AGACAGCAGCAGCCAGGCGACCCGGGCUGGACGCACACUGUUGUUGUGCGGUGACGCUGCACUCAACUGCCGACAUGAACCUGUUUUGCUUUUCACUGGAGGGUUCUAUGGACAGCCUGUAUGAGGCUGUGCAGACUUCCAACGACGCACCCUCUAAGCCCGUCCCCAGCCGCUCCUCCAGCCGCUCGUGCAGCCGUUCGUGCAGCCCGGCGCACCUGCUCGACGAUGACGCAAAAUGGAGAGGUUCUGGAAGGUCUAUUUCUAUGGACAUGACUGUAAGGACAGGCACCAACACUCAUAAAAAGAAAAAAAGAACAUAUGUGACCAAAUCUGCAUCAGAUAACGAGGUGCUGGCAGAUAACGCCUUGGGUAAUGCGGCCAUUUGGAAGCCUGCCAAGAGCCCAGAGGAUUUAGUCCACAUCUCCAACAAUCACAAUGAAGAAAUUAAGAGGACAAAGCACAAAGUGGAUGCCAAAGGAGGGAAAACAGCUCAACAUGCUGCGACCAAAAAAAGGGACAAACACUCAAAUCAGAACACCAAAGGAGCAGCAACAGAAUCUAAACCAGCUAUAAAAAGAACCCAAAAACUUGGAAAGAAACCCGCUGGGAAGAAUGGGAAAGAGGGUACAAAGAAAAAUCACAACUCCACAGGAACAACAAGUCCCCCUGUGGGCCCACACUACCUAGAUGUACCCCACAGGUCGGACACGAAACUCUACUUAGGCAAAUCCUCCACCCUACCCACUCAAGAGAACACAACUCCAGGACGCUGCCCUGACAUGAUCAGUCUCCCGGGUGGUGCGACGCCCACUCACACCCACCACAUGCACAACCAGCGUUGGAGCAACCCGGGUGGAAACAGUCCGGCCUGGGGCGCGGUGCAGCACACCUGCCGCAGGCCGCUGACGGAGUACCGGGCGUGCUCCCACGACUUGAGUCAGCCUCUCGGAACGUCAGGUUGGCAAGGAGGAGACGACCGUGAAGGCAGCUUGAGUACAAACUGUAAACCCCCGAUUCCACCGAAGGUGACGCGCUCUAUCACUGAGGUGGAUCUGUCGGAACCUAAUCGUUCCACAAGCUUUGGCAGGUUUGAAGGCCUCAGACAUAAUCCAUCUCCAGCUAAAGCAGAGGAAAAUGGAACAAAUUUGCUGCCUGAAGAAUGCGAAAGCACAGACCCACAAAAAUCAGCUGGAAUUGGGAAGAAAAUGAAGGCAAUUUCACUGACCAUGCGGAUGAGAAGAAUGGGCAAAAAGCAUGUAAAGUCCUUCUCAGAGGAGACGGGUGAUGAUAUAGAGACAGAGACUGGACCUGCAGCUGAAAAAAACUCUGCAAGGACCAGCAACUCAUUGGAGAGUCUUUACAGUGCCCAAAGCUCAUCUAGUGGUGUCACCAGUGAGUCCAAUGGUUCUGGACAGAGGGACAGUCUGAGGCUGGAGGAGGAAGGUUCCUACCAGGGUCAGUUCUGCGGCAGAGCUCGUGUCCACACAGACUUUUUCCCCAGCCCUUACGACACUGACUCGCUUAAACUAAAGGCUGGUGACAUCAUCAACAUCAUCAGCAAGCCUCCGAUGGGCAUCUGGACGGGGCUGCUCAACAACAAGGUGGGGAACUUCAAGUUCAUCUACGUGGACGUUCUGGUGGAGGAGGAGAAGAAGGACGAAGAAGACCAAUCUCCCAAGAUUCGACAACAGAAACUGUGCAAAAGACCUCGACCGAAAACGCUGCUGGAGCUGCUCGAGCGACUGAAUCUGGAGGAGUAUGCCUCGGCGCUGCUGCUCAAUGGCUACCAGACUGUGGAAGACCUCAUGCACCUGCAGGAGAAACACCUGAUUGAGUUAAACGUUAACGACCCCGAGCACAGACACAAGCUGCUGGCUGCCGCCCAGUGCCACUACACAGAAGGGGAUGAUGUCAGAGACGUAGAGGAGAGUGGAUCCUCAAGCGGUCCACAGGAAGACGACAGCGACUGUCCAAGAGACUCUGGCUGCUUUAUCCCGUCCGAAUGCACGGACAGCAAGGAAGACGCCGAGCAGCUGGCAGACGCUGUGGCUUCUUAAUAACCUGGGGCCGUACUUAUCAAGCUUCUUAGAGUGCCAUUUUACACUUAAGUCCUGAGAAUUUGCGAAAUUUAGUCCUACUCUCAAACUUAAUAAUACAAGCUUUUUAUCAACGUUCUUAAGUCUAAGAAUCACUCCUACUCUCCACGAUAUUUAAGAGACCUUCAGAGGUGUCUUAAGUGGUUAGGAGUUGCCAGCAGGGGAUGGCACUGAGGCGAGAGAGACGUGCGCGAACGUUCAGGGAACGGAACAAUGUUUUUUGUUUUUUUUGAUGACGAGCAGCUGAUCAAACGGUAUCGUUUAGACAGAGCGGAUAUUAUUUUUGUCACAGAUUUAAUACUUUUCGAUUCCUUGUUGAUUUCUGCAUGUGUCUGCAGUGGGCUAGUAUAUAUAGAGCCACCCACACCAGUUUCAAAUUAGUUGCCUAAUUAAUGAAUUGGAAAGAAAAUGUUAUGACAGUAGCGUAUGUGUGUGGCCGUGAGGUGAGUGACGUCAGUGAGUGUGUGGGCGAUAGAAGAGAGGGAGCGGUAGCGUGAGUGCCGGCGGGGACUAGUUUGUUUUGUAUUAUUUUGUAGUUUAUUGUCAAAAUAUACACUCCCAUUGUCCACUUAAAUAUUUCCAAGAUAUUUCUUUAUUCUUAGACAACGGAUUCCAUUCCGUGAUUGGUCAUUUCUAUGGACACAGAAAUGACGUCACCUAAAAUUCCGUUUACGGCACAUAGUAAUGUUGUAAUUCAGCUCUGAGUGUGACACUUAAGAUUCAGUCCUACACUUCGCUGAAAGUGUGAGUAAGACGCUUGAUAACUAACUUUUAAGUGCAGCUUUCAGCGAAUAAUUUAUUUACUCUUAAGUCAACUCUUAGCAGACUUCUUAGGAGUAAUUCUAAGAAGCUUGAUAAGUACGGCCCCUGAUCCUCAUUUGACUGAUAACAUAACAUAUGGACUUUGUGACUGUCGAAAUGCUUGUAUAUUUCAUUUCAAAUCAUCACAUCUGUUAUUGCAUUCAAAAAUGCCACUUGUAUUUAUUUCAUUUUGAGUCAGUCAGCGUUUUUACUUAUAAAGCCUUUAUUUAUUUUCUCUUGUUUCUAUUGUCAUUUGGGAUUUAGAAAAUGUAUAAACUAUCCAAACUUGCCUUUGACUGUAUAUAUUAUGUACUGUGCUGGGGGUGAGGGGUAUGGUGUUAAUGAGAAUGAUUCUGUACAUAUUAAAG